CUCUGGACCCAUCAUGGAGUCGGGAAAGCAGCUAACAGGUACAUUGGCUCUGGCUGUGUUCACUGCAGUUCUUGGGUCCCUGCAGUAUGGAUACAGUCUUGGAGUUAUCAACGCACCCCAGAAGGUAAUUGAAAAUUAUUAUGGACGUACUCUGGGGGUGUGGUCAGAGAGGGCCGCGGUCCUCUCAGAAAACAGCACCGAAGAAGAAGAGUACCCAGAGGCGGGACGACACCCUGCCGUGAUCAUGUAUUGGUCACUGUCGGUGGCAAUCUUCUCCAUCGGAGGCAUGCUAUCCUCCUUCCUGGUGGGAUUUGUGGGAGACCUGAGAGGGAGGGUAAAGGGCAUGUUGAUGGUGAAUGUAUUUGCAGUAGCAGCAGGAUUGCUGAUGGGUCUUUGCAAGAUGUGGAAACCUCACAUCAUGGUCAUCUCCGGCCGUGCUGUCAUGGGCUUUUACUGUGGGUUGACAUCCGGGCUAGUGCCUAUGUACAUUGGAGAGAUUGCACCUAAGGCUUACAGAGGGGCUCUGGGGACAUUACACCAGCUGGCUAUAGUCACUGGCAUCCUACUCAGCCAGGUAUUAGGCUUGGACUUUAUACUUGGUAAUGAUGCAAUGUGGCCCCUGAUGCUUGGUCUGUCUGGAGCUCCAGCAUUGUUACAAUCUUUACUGCUGCCUCUAUGCCCUGAGAGUCCACGGUACCUUUACAUCGUACAGGGCAAGGAGCAAGAGGCCCGAAAAAGUCUGUUACGUCUGAAGGGAGAAUAUGAUCCAACUCCUGAUCUGGAAGAGAUGAGGAGAGAGAAAGAGGAAGCAGACAAGGAGCCAAGGGUCUCUAUCAUUUCUUUGAUCCGCUCGUCCGUGUACAGACAGCAGCUUGUUGUUGCCCUCAUGAUGCACCUCUCCCAACAGUUUUCUGGCAUCAAUGCGAUAUUUUAUUACUCCACGGCUAUCUUCACUCGGGCAGGUGUCGGUCAGCCGGUCUAUGCAACCAUAGGAGUUGGGGUUAUCAACACAAUCUUCACUAUGGUGUCUGUUGCACUGGUGGACAAGGCUGGCAGGCGCACUCUGACUCUGGUUGGUCUGGGAGGGAUGUGCUGCUGUGCAAUUGGCAUGACAGUGGGGCUCAAACUCCAGGUUUGUUUAUCAGGUGUCAUAUCUUUCAUCUGUCAGCAACUGGAGCUGAACUUUAAGCCUCUUGGGUCCCAAGUAGCGAUUUUAAGUGCAUGUUUUUCUACUGUUCCUUGCCUGCAUUGAAUCAAUUUGUUGUUUUCUUACUGAAUGUCCACUUCCUAGUCUUGAGCU